CUGCUGCUAGCGGCGGAGGAAGGUUUACUCGCAGGUCGGCGGGAUCCCUCGGGCGCUGUUGGGGGCAGGCUGAAUCCGCCCACGGGCAGAAUGUCCCUCGGUGCUUACUGUGUCAUCUAUUGCAAAAGAAUAGGAACCUCUACUUCUCCGCCAAAAAGUCACACAUACUGGAGAGAUAUCCGAAAUAUAAUAAAAUUUACUGGAUCUCUUAUUUUAGGGGGUUCUGUAUUUCUUACAUACGAAGUUCUGGCCCUGAAGAAGUCUUUGACAUUAGAUACUGAAGUGGUAGAAAGAGAAAAAAUGAAGUCAUAUAUAUAUGUGCGCACCAUUUCUUCAGACAAAGGAGAAAAUUAUGGGAUUGCAUGGCAGGCAAGAAAAGAACUUCACAAAGCAGUGAGGAAAGUACUGGCAGCGUCAGCCCAGGUAUUCCGGAAUCCAUUUGCUGACACGUUUAGUACAGUUGACAUAGAGGAUUACGAAUGUGCUGUGUGGCUGCUCCUGAGGAAGAGCCAGGCAGAUGACAGAGCCGCUCGACUGGAGGCUGUGCAGGAAAUGUCAGAGACCCACCACUGGCAUGAUUAUCAGUAUAGAAUAAUUGCUCAAGCUUGUGACCCAAGAACUCUUAUUGGUUUGGCACGAAGCAAAGAGAGUGAUCUUCGCUUUUUUCUUCCUCCACCUCCGUUGCCAUCUUUAAAGGAAGAUUCUUCCAUUGAAGAGGAGCUCAGAAAGUUGCUGGCUUCUUUACCUCAAACAGAUUUAGAUGAGUGUAUCCAGUAUUUUACAUCCUUGGCUCUUAAUGAAAGCAGUCAGAGCCUGGCUGCUCAGAAGGGUGGCUUAUGGUGUUUUGGAGGAAAUGGACUUCCUUAUGCUGAAAGUUUUGGAGAAGUUCCUUCAGCUACAGUGGAAAUGUUCAGUUUAGAAGCUAUAGUGAAACAUUCACAGAUACCUGCACACUGUGAUCGAAUUGAAGCAAAUGGAGGCCUACAGCUCCUUCAGAGGCUGUACCAACUUCACAAGGACUGCCCUAAGGUGCAGAGGAAUAUAAUGCGCAUCGUCGGAAAUAUGGCUUUGAGUGAGCGUCUUCAUCCCGCUCUCAUCCGUUCAGGCUGGGUUUCCAUCAUGGCUGAAGCCUUGAAAUCUCACCACAUUAUGGAGGCUUCACAUGCUGCUAGAACCCUGGCUAAUCUGGACCGAGAAACUGUGCAAGAGAAAUACCAGGAUGGUGUAUACGUGCUCCAUCCCCAGUACCGAGCCAGUCAGCCCAUUAAAGCCGAUGUCCUUUUUAUUCAUGGCCUUAUGGGAGCAGCAUUCAAAACUUGGCGCCAGGAGGACAGCGAGAAGGCUCUGAUUGAAAAUGCUUUGGGGGAUGAAGACAGGUACACUACAUGUUGGCCCAAGACAUGGUUAGCAAAAGACUGUCCUGCUCUCCGAAUUAUCUCUGUGGAGUACGACACCAGCCUCAGUGACUGGAGAGCAAGGUGCCCCAUGGAAAGAAAGUCCAUUGCGUUCAGAAGCAACGAACUUCUUAGCAAGCUCAGAGCUGCUGGUGUUGGGGAUAGGCCAGUGAUUUGGAUAUCACAUAGCAUGGGAGGUCUUCUUGUGAAGAAGAUGCUGCUGGAAGCCUCUCGGCAGCCAGAGCUGAGCGCUUUGAUCAACAACACCAGGGGAAUCAUUUUCUACAGUGUCCCUCAUCACGGCUCACGUCUGGCUGAAUACUCAGUUAAUGUUCGGUACCUUCUCUUUCCCUCUUUGGAAGUCAAAGAACUCAGCAAGGAUUGUCCUGCACUUAAAACACUACAGGAUGACUUUCUGCAGUUUGCAAAAGAGAAAGACUUCCAGGUGCUGAAUUUUGUAGAAACUCAGCCAACCUUUAUUGGUAACAUGAUUAAGCUCCACGUGGUGCCUGUGGAAUCGGCAGAUUUAGGCAUUGGAGAUCUGAUCCCUGUGGAUGUCAACCAUUUGAACAUUUGUAAGCCAAAGAAAAAGGAUGCUUUUUUAUAUCAACGUACUUUGCAAUUCAUCCGUGAAACUUUAGCCAAAGACCUCAAAAACUGAUGUCUUCAUUUUCAUGUGAAUACAGUGCUGCAAGAAACUUGGCGGUCUCUUUUUUUAAGUGCUAAGCAGUCCUGCAAACACUGUCAGUACGGCCUCUGCAUGGUCUGGAAUCAUGGUGCAGAUAGCAGAACGUGACGCUCCAUUUGCACAAUGGAAAGCACACUGGACACAAACUGGCCAUCCCGGGAGGAGGGGCUAGGUUGGGUUCAUCUAACUUAAACCCCUGAGUGCUGGGUCUGCUGACUAGGAGCACAGCUGCUGUGGCUGGGACGCUUCCAGCUCUUGUAGGAUCCCUGGCAGGUUCUAGUGGGAAGGCCACUGGCAACUCCACUUACCAUAAAAAUGAUGCCACAAGAGAACCUAAAGUAGAAUGAACUAGAACAUAAAAGACUGUUUUGUUGUGGGGAUCCAUGUGCUGUAACAUUUUUAAAUGUCAGUUUUAUAAAAUUUUAGUUUUUAACUUCUGUUUAAAUCUCAACACAUCAUCACUGGCCUUUCAUAGCCUUGGUUAUGCAUGGGUCAGUUGCCUUGUAUGUUUCUGUUUCAUAUUGCUGAGAACAAUUUUCUUAAAAAAAAUUCUAGCUUAUAGUAAUUCCAGAUCGUAUCUGCUGUGCUUAUGUUUCCUGAUAAGGCUAAAAUAGCUAAGCCAUUACUGAUCAGAGUAAGAAAUGAAACUAGUCCAAGUCAUUAAAUGUACUAACAGUACUUGGUAUCAAGGCUCUCAGAUUCUCUUUGGCUAAAUAAAGGAUACCUGUCUUUCUUGCUUUCUUGGAAGUAGUACUAAUUGACUAACUCUAGGAAAUCAUGUUGAUGGACCUUUUUUUUUUUUAUCUUUUGAAUAACAGCAUUAUCGGUAUGUAACUCACCUACCUUAAAAUUGACUUUUUUUGUGGUAUUGGGGAUCAAAUCCAGGGCCUCACACAUUAGGCAGGCACUCUUACCGCUGAGUUAAAUCCCCAGCCCAAAAUGUACCUGAAAGUUCAUUGGUUUUUAGUAUAGUUAGAGUUGCACAACUAGCAUAAUUUCAGAACAGUUCAGAACAUCUAAUCUCUCAAUGAGCCCCACUCAUCAGCAGUCAUUUACUGCCUUCUCUGUCCCCUGCCCCGGUACACACUAGUCUACCCUGGAUUUGCAUACUCUGGAGAUUUCAAAUAAAUGGAA